AUGGCAAGAUAUUUUGAAAAUACGGCUACGUUUAACUUCAGUUGGGAUCAAGUUACUCGUGGUUACUGGAAGAGAUACCCUAACCCUUUGAGUACUCAUGUGCUAAGUGAAGACACAUGGAGCAGGGAAGUCAAGGAUGGCUGUCUAUACACAAAGAGAAUUCUUACCAAGACUAACAGAGUUCCCAAAUGGGGCGAACGUUUUUUCAACGCGAAAUCUGUCAAAAUCAUAGAAGAAAGCAUUGUUGAUCCUGAGAAAAAAAUAUUCAUCACAUACACAAGAAACUUGGGGUAUACGAAAGUUAUGAGCGUGGUGGAGCGUGUGGAGUACCGCGCGCUGGGCCCGGCGCAGACGGUGGCGGUGCGCUCCGCUUGGAUCGACUCGCAGGUGUUCGGCUUCUCGCGGGCCAUCCGCGCCUUCGGGGUUGAUAGGUUUAAGAAAAACUGCAAUCAGAUGUUCUACGGGUUCAACCACGUGCUGGACCGGUUGUUCCCGCGGCCGGUGGCGCAGCACUCGGUGUCGCACACGCUCAAGGAGAUGCGCUCGGCCGCCGCCGCCGCCACCGACCGCGCCAAGCACAACGUGCUCUCCUCCGUCAACCGCACGUAA